AUGUCGCAAAAAGAGGUAGAUUCAAACCAAGAGUCUUCAAUAGAGGAAGACCCGGAUCAGUUCCUCAAACGAGCAAAAGAAGAGAAUAAAUACUACCCUGAAGAAUCUUCAAAAGAGGAAGAUUCUAAGGAUCAUUCUUCUGAUGAAGAUAAACCUCCUGGAAGGACAGCCACUAGAGGCAAGAUGUUUGAAAAUGAAGACAGAGUGAUUGAUAGUGAGGACGAAGACCGUCCAAUUGGACCUCAACAUAUUGACUUGAAAGUUUCAGGCAUUAACCUUAACAAGAACCUUGCUAGCUUUAGAAAGGCUUUACUUAGAGACAAACCUGAUGAUAAAAAGGGUUCGGCUUCAUCAAAAUGUCGGUCAAUACUUAGCCUUUAUUAUGACUCUGACAGAUGGAGGAUGGAGUGAGUCCUCUUCUUAUAUUAUGCAGUCAAUUAUCUCAACAAAGAUAUUUUCAAAGUGAUUACCAAAAAUAUCAAGAAGGAUGAACUCAGGAUUACAGAAAGUGAGAUUUGAGAAAUUUUAAAGCAAAGGAACGCAUUUGAACUUCUCAGCAAUUAUAGAAGCAAAGAAAGAUCUAUGCUGAAUAAUAGAGCAUUUUUUGUUUCAGUUUAUCUAAAUGCUGAAAAGAUGUCAGAGCAGAUCUUGACUAAUUCAAAUAUUGUCCUCUCAACACAGCUUAUGCUUAGGAUGAUAGAAACAGACCAGAGCGAACUUAUAAGAUAUUGACUUAAAUAUAAAGCCCAAUAUGAUCAGGAUAUCAAGAGGAGCAGGAUUUUACUCUCUGGAGCUCAAAUAGAUGCAAGCUUAAGUGACGAUAUUCAGCUUAGCGAUUUCUUUAACUUGAUGCUCCAGCAAGAUUACUCUCAUGAAAGGAUCUGCCAUCAGCUAAUAUUCUUAAAACAUUUCAUCAACUAUAGGGAAUUAUUUGUAUUAUUUGCAGUGAGAAGAAAAGUUAGGCUGAUAUCUUUCUUAAUGAAUUCAGCUGAUCUAAACUUCAAAUUCAAGCCAUACCUAAUUCUUGAUGUCCUUGCUAAUGAUGUUUAUGAUAUCACUCUACUUCUGUACAGAGAGUAUUUCCUGCAACUCAGUGGCAAGACAAAUAGAAAGAUUAUAAGGUACCUCACCAUGUCUUUCAUGAAAACUGGUCAGACUGAAGAAAAAUGCUGGCUUUACAUGAGGUUUAUCGAUAAGGUAACUCUUGAACAAGCUACAAAUCUCAUAAAAGCUUUGUCUCUUCGAACAUCCCACCAGUCAAAGUCAAAUAUUUUCCUGGUCUGCAUAAAUGUUGUCAGGAUUGGUUGCCUAUUAAUCCAGAUAAUUGAACGACUUGUUCUCAGAUUUCCCGUUCUCAAGGAUAGAAUUCAUGAGAUCAGAACGAAAAUUGUUCAAAUUUUACUGUCUUACAUGGAAGACGUCACAACUAUCGAGGAGAUGAGAUUCCUUCUGCUUACUCAAGAUCUUGACUAUAGAGAUGCUCUGACUUAUAUCUGAGAGUAUUCGAUACUAGAGCUACUUGAAGUGCCAUUAGCAGCUGAAGUAGCAGGGGAAUUUUGGAAUAGUAAAUAUAACAUAAGAGGUCUCCCAUGUAUUGUGAGCACUAACCAUAAUCUUCUGUUUAACUUCAACCAUACCAGGUUUGAUAUGGAAAGUCAGAUGAGGUUUUAUAAUAGGAAAGAUCUGAGGAAAAUAGGGUGUCACGAGUACCAAUUCCAGGUAUGGAGAAAUUGACCCAAAACACGAUUCUAUGCUGAAUUCUUCUUUAUACUUGGAUUUGUGAUUUGGACUCACACCUGGAUUAUUGAUUACUUCAAAUUAGCGAAUCGAGUAUGGGAGCUCAGUGAUUUGCAUGAACAAAAUCAAGCAUAUAUAAAAAGCUUUCCAGAGGUAAAGAAUAUUGGGCCCUCAACAUGUGAUCAAGAAUUAGGCACUAGCAUUGGAGAGGCUCCUUCUUAUUGUGAAAUAGAGCCAUUAGGACCACUAGCAUUGGAUAUUUAUUACAAAGCAUUGGAUUUAACCUAUAUUGGGUUUGUCUAUUGACAGUUGGCACUUCAUAAUAUGUUCAGGUCUAUUUACACUGGAUAUACUAAACAACAGAUGUAUUUCUACACUAUUGAGACCUUAAUUGAUGUCUGUAUAUUUGGCCUCUUUCUCAACUUCAUCAUUCUCACAUACAGAGUCGAUCUGGAGGGGACAUGGUUUGUGAAUUACUCAGACUGACGAGAAGCAGAAAUAUUUAUCGAUGGAUUCCUAAAUUCAGGAGUAAAUGAAGGAAUAGCAAUCACUCUUUGAGGUAUCUUUCUCUGGAUCAGGGUUGCUUUUAGCCUCAGACUCAUGCCAUAUGUUGGACCACUUAUGAUGUUAUUCAUUCAUAGCAUCAAAUAUAUUGUGGGUUUUGCCAUGUUAUUCUCUGCAACAGUUAUCAUUGUAGCUUUGAUAGGAACAUUAAUUUUCCAAGAUCUUCCAGCUUUUAACAGAGUAGAUGACUCUCUGAAUACUAUAUUUAACAACAUUUGGGGACUGUUUCAAUUCAAUGAUGCUAAGGGAGGAAGAUUCGGGAGUGAAAUUGGCUACAUUUAUAUGAUGGCUAUUGUUGUUAUUCUUAUUAUCAUUCUCACCAAUUUCUUGAUCGCAAUUUUUGCAUCAAGAUACGAUAAAUUUAUGAAAAACGAAAAAUCAAUCAUGAUGCAAGAGGCUCUAUAUCUCAGACCAGUGAUGGAAGCAAGCGGUAAUCAUUCCUCUCUAAUCUCUGGAGCUUUUCCUCUUCAUGGGCUUAAUUGGGCUACUUCUCCAUUCAUGUUCUUUCCUCGGAAUCCUAAGCUGCCAAAUCUGAUCAUAUUGCAUAUUUUAUAUCUACCAGUGGCAAUAGUUGUAACUAUUCUAUUCAUAGUUUACAACAUUUUAAUCCUCCCAUUGGCCUACUUAAAGCUGAUCCCUCACAAAUUUGCUUUAAUUUUUAAGAAAGAAGUGACUCACAGUGGAAACACGGCAAAUAGGGUUGGAAGUUUCGUGCUAAUCCUUGUAUUCGGACUCUUCAUACUGGCACUAAAUUUCUGUGUCGAUACAUAUUAUUUUGUCAUUCAUUUGUAUAAAACAGAUCUUGAGAGAAUCGAUGAGGGUGAUAUUAAUAAAAUACCUGAUAUGUCGAUGAGAACUUAUAAGAAACUCUUUCAUUAUUUGGAGAAACAUAAAACUCCAUACCUCCCUUUUGAACAAGUCGCAAGCGGGUUUAGAGAGGAACUAGAGGUUAUGCCAGCAAUUCGGCAGAUGUUGUUUCCUCAUAGAUCGAUUUUGAAAGGGAAAGAUCUCCAAAACAAAGCUACAGGGAUAGUGAAUGAAUACAUUAUUGUUAAGAAAAUUUUACUGAAUAACUCUGUUGAUGAGAAAACAACCCAAUUGUUCCCGAACGGAACUAAGAAAAUUACCAAAGAUAUAAAAUUCAACAAAAGACUUCUUCAAUACUGUCUGCACGAUAUGCUUAGAUUCAGAAGACUUCUGCUAAUGAAAAGAAGGUGUUAUCUAUUCACGUAUCUCUAUGAUGGAAAGGGUCAGAAUAAAGUAGAAGAUCUAGUACAAAGGAGAGAAAAGAUUGAGAAACAUAUAUCAGAAGCCUUCAAUUUCAUCAACACAAAAAGAACUCUUAACGCUAUUGGAUACAAACCAAAAGAGAAGAUUGUCUCCACAGAACAGAAAGUAUACAUGGAAGAUGGGAGUGAUUAUGGCUUUGCAGAGACCAUGCGAAAUUUCCACGAAAAAUUAGACCAAAGGAAUUUUAGAAAAGGAGGACUUCUUAGCCAAAACAACUCCAAAGUGAGUCUAAAGAAGCUGUACCAUAUGGCUAAAACUGAGAAUAAGACAUCUGAAAAAGACGAGACUCUUUUUGAUGUCAAUGAUGACUUUAGAGUCCCUCCUGCCAACCAAGAUGUAGAGAAAGAACUUGCGAAAGUUCUAGAGGAUGAGUCCAUAGAGAAGAUAUUCGGUCUUGGAGACUCAGAAGACGAAGAAGAUGAUGACUUCAACGCUAUAGGCAAUGUUCAAACCUCAGCAACAAAUGUCAAAGAAAAGCCAAUAGAUAAAAAGGAAACAGGUGACCACCUCUAUUCAGGCAUGGAAAAUAUUGAAGACAGCGAGGAAUGGGAGGAAUCUGAAGAAGAAGUAGAUGAAGAAGAUGAUGAUGUGAUUGAACAAACAGACUCAGGAAAUAUAGAAUUUUCAAAGGAGCAUGAGACCAGAGAUCCAAAAGCAAGUUAAAUUUUAUAACUCUACCUUCAAUUCC